AGAGGAAGAAGAUGGCACAGCACAGGUGCGGUGCCAUGGUUUUUCUUAUUAGUUUGUCGUUAUUUGUCGUCGCACACAGCCAAGACUCUUCACUGGACAAUGGCCAAGAUAUUCCGGAGCACAAAAACGCUCAAGGAGUCGAAGAAACCACCGAGCAAAGGACAUGGGAAGCGUCCGAGGUGGGAGAAGGGAAUGCUGCCGACAAGCAAGAACAUCGCGAGCCGGUCACUGUCGUCCCUUCAACCGGCCCCCCACAGAAAGAUGAUUUUCAGGAGGAACUGGUCAUCAGACCGCUACAGUCGGGGGAUAUUUACGCUAGCUUUCAGUUCCGUACCCUGUGGGAAACCGAUUUCAUCGGAGGAAACAAAGUGUCCCACUACCGGCUGUUUCCCAAGUCUCUGGGACAGGUUAUCUCUAAAUUCUCUGUGCGAGAGCUGCACAUCUCCUUUACACAGGGAUACUGGAGGACCAUGCAGUGGGGGCAGCCUUAUCUGCCGUCUCCCCCUGGAGCUGAGAUUUGGGUCUGGUUCCAGGACUCCGUAACGGAUGUGGAUGGCACAUGGAGUGAGCUGACAAAUGUUUUGUCUGGGAUAUUCUGCGCCUCGUUGAACUUCAUUGACUCCACCAACAGCAUUCAGCCCAGCGCCUCCUUCAAGCCGCUGGGUAUAGGCAACGUGACAGACCACCGCUUCCUCCGCUACGCCACCCUUCCACGUGAGAUUGUUUGCACUGAAAAUUUGACACCCUGGAAGAAACUCUUGCCAUGUGGCUCCAAGGCCGGCCUCGCUGUUCUGUUAAAGUCAGAGAAACUCUUCCACAGCAGUUUUCAUUCCCAGGCAGUGCAUAUCCGACCCAUGUGUCAGGACACACACUGCACAAGCACCUUGUGGGAGCUGAGACAGACUCUGAACGUCGUCUUUGACCUUCACACUUCCGGACAAGGCAAACGAGAGUGGUCUCUCUUCAAGAUGUUCUCCCGCACCCUGACAGACGCAUGUCCGUUGGCUUCCUCCAGUAAAAUCUACGUUGACGUUUCGGACAGCGAUGAGGGGGAGCAGUUUGAGCUGAGCCCUGCUACUCCUCUGCUCAGCCCGGCAGUGGCGCUCGGGGACAGACGGACCUUUUCUGUCUACGACCUAACACAGCAAACCACCUUUGGCACGAUGCUCUCGUUCAACCUUCUGAUUCGCUGGAAAUCUAAUGAUGGUCACAUGCGGCGCCCUUUGCUCCACGCAGAGCGCUAUGUGGCGGGUUACGGGCUGCAGACUGGAGAGAUCCACACACUGAUGUACAACAACCACCCCUACAGGUCGUUCCCUGUGCUGGUGCUGGACUUGGUACCAUGGUACCUUCGCCUCUACAUCCACACCCUCACCGUCACCAGCAAAGGGAAGACAAACAGUCCCAGUUAUAUCCACUAUGAGCCGUCCAAGGACCGCGUGAAGUCGCACAUGCUGGAGAUGCUGGUGCAGCUUCCUCCCAACUCUGUCACUGAGGUCACUGUGCAGUUUGAGAGAGCUCUGCUCAAGUGGACCGAGUACACCCCUGACCCCAAUCACGGCUUCUAUGUCGGGUCCUCUGUUGUCAGUUCCCUUGUACCAAGCAUUGUUGCCAUGGAUACAAAUGCCACACAAGAACACCCCCUUUUCAACAGUUUCUUCCCCAGCAAAGAAGAAUCCAGCUUCUUUGUGCGCAUAUAUACAGAACCUCUACUGGUCAACUUGCCCACCCCGGACUUCAGCAUGCCUUACAAUGUCAUCUGCCUGACAUGCACUGUAGUCGCUGUGGGCUAUGGAUCCCUGUUCAACCUGCUCACACGCAAUUUCCAGAUAGACGAGCCCAGCCCGGGACUGGCCAAACGGAUCGCCAACGUAAUCCGGAAAAUGCGGGGUGUGCCGCCUCUCUGAGACAUGAUGGGAAGCUCCUUCCACACGGUUACUUAAGUUAAAACCACUCGUAGAUAUGCCUCAUUUAGGGGAGAACUGAGAUUUUCUUUUAUUUAUUUCAAAUACUUGUUUCCAGGAUCAUGUUUGGUCGCCUAAGGACAUGCAAACACUCUGAACUGAAAAUGAAUGGAAGACAGCAUCUUUGUAGUUGUCAGGCAUAAAGAAGCAGGUGAGCAGAAUGCUUGAGCUCAGGACUGCUAAACCAUGCUCACAACAGACUA